AAAAGCCUUGGUCGUGAUUUCAAGAAAUGCCCAAGGAUACAAGCGAACUACUCUGCAAAAAGUUUGAGUAUUUAUGGAUAUUAAAGUCGACGAUAUCGCAAGUGUAUGCACAAUGGAUUCGAAAACCGAGAAACAAUAUUAUGAAAAUGUCGAUGGAAAUAAUGAACAGCAGUUGCCACCAUACCCAGGAUAUGAGGACCAAAACAAACAUUCCUUCUCCAAAUAUCCGCCUCAGCCAUACCACACUCAAGCACCAUCUCGGACUCUGCGAUUCAAGCCCACAAAUAUAAUGCACUCAGCCUGGGAAGUGACCGACGAAGGUGCAGGCAAUGUCCUUUACAAAGCCAAACUCAAAUCUCUCAAAAAUCAAAUGAUCAUAAAAACCGGCUCUUCGCCCGAGACUGAGAUAGCCACAGUCAAAUUUCAUUCGUUUCGGCCCAAAAUUGACAUCUCGAUCCAAGGGCAAGAGAUAACACUCCCAUUGAAGACAAAAUUACAACACAAGACUACAUUCAACCCUCUUGCGCUUCAAGGCACCACGUUGACCUGGAAGUCCAGCAGUCAUCUCAAGACUCUAGACUUGGAUUGUUUUGAUGAGAACUCGAUGCCUGUGGCCAAGAUAUCGGUGUCUACUUGGGCGUUUAAAAGUGACUAUCGGUUUGAAUUCUACGAAGGCAAUACAGACAACAGCCCGCUUCUUAUGGAUGAGCUUGUGGUGACGGGGCUGGCAAUGAUACAUUAUGUGCUUAAUAUAUAUGCUGCCACUACUGGUGCUGCGGUGGCAGGUGCAUCUAGUGCUAGUGCUGCUGCUGCUGCUGCUUCGUAG